UUCAAAGGCGAUUGAUUGCGUCGGAAGUUGAUUCCGUCACGGCUGGACUUGAACGCCUCCACUUUCCGCGCCUUCGUUGACACGGGAAACUCCAUGUUAUGACGAAAUCAGGACCGCCUGUCGUGACACUCCCACUAUCAACAUUGAAGGAGAAAAAGAGGAAAGUUUUCUAUGAACACGGCAAGGAUUCUUUGGAUCUAGCGGUGUCAAUCGGCAAUUCACAGGAGGAUAAAGCGUUGCUUAAGGCUGGGAGGCAUCAUCAACCGCAGGCUGGUCAGCCCCGACCAGACCGUACUCAUCAAAAAAGCAGGACAAAAAAGAAAUUGGAGGAGGUCAAGGCUACCAUUGCGAUCCAGCGGGCUCGGCUGAAAAGGGAGAAAGUAAAAAUGCGCAAGGAGCGCCCGGGCCCCGCGGACCAUCAAAAGUCAAGCCCCGCGCAGGAUCGUGCACCUCGCAAGAGGGUGUCCUUUGCUUAAGCUUUGACGUAUAUUUUACAUUUUUCUCGAUCAAUCCAAUGCAGUGGGAAUAUUUGAUCAUCA